ACUGCUAAUCGAGGAAGGCUUAUUUACCGGUUCAACUCUUUGGAAAAUCUUUGGAAAAUACGUUUGUCACUGUUUCGACUACGAUAAGGAUCUCACCCAUAGCCUAUAUGGAGUCGACUCCUCUCCUUGCCAACCCCCUGCGGACCACUCUACCCGUAUUCUUCCCGGUGACCGGGAGUGCCACCAUGCCCAUCCCUGUCGAGAUACACGAACCCGACUUCAACAAGGCCAUCGCCUCCGUCAUCACGGCUCGACAUCGUCGACAACCAACCUCGAGCAUCUUUAACUGCCAUGUCUCGAACUGUCCCCUCUGCCAGGCUACAAGAGCUCCCGAUAGACCUUUGGUGGAAGGCAAGAGGAGUUCACGACCGCAACAGGUGAAGGCGUCUGAAACUGAUCAACCCUCAGUCGUCAACUGGUUGAUACCGUCGUCGACACCCACGCCGAGCCUCGUAGCAGAUCGUAGGAGAGCUUCGUCAAAGACGUCAUCCCCGUCGUCAUCUCCGCCGAGGAAGCGAAGCACCCCGUCACCUCCGCCUUCGCCCGAUCAACGUUUCCAAUGUCCAUCAUGCCCCGAGUCGUUCGCCAAGAAAAUACACCUUCGCCUUCAUCGCCGCGUUCACACCGGAUAUCAUGUUUACUGCUGCCAGGACUGCCCGAUGCUCUUCGACUGUCCGUCUUCGUUGAUCAGGCAUCGUCCCGUUCACACAGGAGAGCGGCCGUAUCGAUGUUCGUUCGGAACAUGUGAAAGAGACUUCAGACGCCGCUGCAGUCUUAACAGGCACUACAAGAUGCAUUUCCCGGUGCCAGACUUGAGAGGAUAG